AUGGCGAAUUUGUCACCUGCUCUUCUAACGUCGACGAAGACAAAACUAUGAUUCCAUUCUACCCUUUGGUCACAGAUUUUGCACAUGAAAUACCCAAGAUUCGCCGUUCCCAUCUUAUGGAAUUCGAGCAGAUGGGAGGUCAGGUAGACCCCUAGACCCCACAGCCUUCAAAUAUGACCUGGGCGACUUGCACAACCGAAUUGCCUUCAAAUACUGCAUCAACGCGAACAACGUUGCCACCGCCUGGCACGAGAUCAACUGCUCAAAUGCGCAUCCCGAGGCACCCAAGUAUCGUCCGUUUGGAUCGUCUUGUUGUCGAUACUGCUGAUGGUCUCGAUAAAGUCGUUGGCUUUACAACUCCGUUUGUCCCAGGAGGCACUGUACUGGACAGUGUGAGCCGAGUCUUCACGUUCAAGUAUCUGAAAAAACUCGUCGAGGGCAUCGAUUACCUCAAUCUUGAAUUGGGCAUUUCCAUGGCGAUAUAUGCACGCACAACCUCCUCAUCAGUCCCGAAACAGGCAAGCUGGAAAUCUUUGCCUUCAACCUGGCCACUAAGCUCGGCUGGGAAGGCGAUGUGCAGAAUAGACAUGCCUUUCGUAGCAAUGAUGCGGAUCGCAACGAUGUCAAAUACACCAUUUUUACCCUCUACGAAAUCAUCAACCCGUGUCCUUCACUUUCGCGAAGAAAACGCCCCCCCCAUGAGCUAGACGCCUCUAUGGUUACCGGUAUUGAAACAUGGGAGCAGCACAUGGACGUCCGCCUUGAUGCCAAUGUAGCCGAGUAUCAGCGGAUGCUUGAGGACUGCGUUGAUGAUGCUACUGGAGAGAUGGUUGGUGGAGGGGGCGUUGCCGAACUCGGUGGAGAUCUGGGCCAGACGUGGAGCAUGAUGACAGGGGCGAGUGAUCAUGACAGUGGCGGAACGAUCCUGCUUUUGUUAUCUUGUUUUUGUAUUGUUAUUCGGCUUAACAUGG